CCUCUUUUAUACCUGUUUGCACUUUAACACAGUAAACCUACCUAAGAAAUCCAAGACGUGUCAGUCAUGGACCUGUUGCAGCUUUACGAGUGGAUCGACAUCAAGAGUAUUUUGAUAUUUUCGUGUGUGUUUUUAUUGCUGAGUGAUUAUAUCAGAAAUAAAGCGCCGAAGAACUUUCCUCCUGGACCAUGGUCUUUACCGAUUAUAGGACACCUUCAUCAUAUCGACACCAGUAGGAUUCAUCUUCAGUUCUCAGAAUUUGCAGAAAAAUAUGGCAAAAUUUUCAGCCUCAAAAUUCUUGGACCAAGAAUUGUUGUGUUGGAUGGGUAUAAACUCGUGAAGGAGGUGUAUUUACAGCAAGGUGACAACCUUGCUGAUCGACCUAUGUUACCUUUAUUUUAUGAGAUUGUUGGAGAUAAAGGUUUAGUUGCUGCCAGUGGGUAUAAAUGGAAGCAACAGAGAAGAUUUGCACUCUCGACUCUUCGAAACUUCGGAUUGGGAAAGAAAAGCCUGGAGCCGUCCAUCAGUCUUGAAUGUACCUUCCUGAAUGAGGCCAUUUCAAAUGAACAAGGUCGACCAUUUAAACCUCGUUUACUGCUGAACAACGCUGUCGCAAAUGUGAUCUGUGUGCUCGUGUUUGGUAAUCGGUUUGAGUACAGUGACAAUGACUUCCAGACUCUGUUGAAGAACAUUAAUGAAGCUGUGUAUCUGGAAGGAGGCAUCUGUGCUCAACUGUAUAACAUGUUCCCAUGGCUCAUGCGGCGAGUCCCUGGACCGCACAAGAAAAUCAUGAGUCUGUGGCAGGAGGUGAUUGCCUUUGUUCGAGAGAAGGUGAAUGCACACAGAGUGGAUUAUGAUCCAUCAAAUCCUCGAGACUACAUUGACUGCUUCCUUGCUGAGAUGGAAAAACUUAAAGACGACACCACUGCUGGGUUUGAUGUGGAGAACUUGUGCAUCUGUACUUUGGAUCUGUUUGUAGCGGGAACUGAGACCACCUCCACCACUCUGUACUGGGGUCUUCUGUACAUGAUAAAAUAUCCUGAGAUACAGGCCAAAGUUCAGGAGGAGAUCGAUCGUGUUGUUGGAGGGUCACAGCAGCCAUCUUUAUCAGACAAAGACAACAUGCCCUACACCAAUGCUGUUAUUCAUGAGAUACAGAGGAUUGGAAAUAUUAUCCCAAUUAAUGUGGUCCGGGCUACUGUGGAAGACACUCAGAUAGGAGAAUACUCUAUUCCAAAGGGCACAAUAGUGACCGGCAGUUUGACAUCAGUGCUGUUUGAUGAGUCCGAGUGGGAGACGCCUCACUCUUUUAACCCGGGUCACUUCCUGGAUGCUGAGGGCAAAUUCAGGAGAAGAGAUGCCUUUUUACCUUUUUCUCUAGGAAAGAGAGUGUGUCUUGGGGAGCAGCUGGCACGGAUGGAGCUGUUCCUCUUCUUCUCUUCUCUGCUGCAGCGCUUCACUUUCUCUCCACCAGCGGGUGUGGAGCCCAGCUUGGAUUUUAAACUGGGGGCCACUCACUGUCCCAAGCCAUAUGAAUUAUGUGCAGUGCCACGCUAAAACAAGCAAUACAUAUAUAAUUUUAUAAAUUUCAAUAAUAUUUAGAAAAACAAAUGCAAAACGCGAAUGCAAACAUGAUGAUGCAUUUUAGCCUGUUAUUGGUUGAUUGGGUGUAGACUGGCAAAUAGUUGGUUAUCUGGUGGUUUAAACAAAAAUAUUUACAAAUAAAUCCGCUGGAAAAAAGGACCAUGAAGUCAUAAAGGGGAACAAAAUAAAUCUAAAAAAAAAGUCGUGAAAAUGUCUUAAAUUCAGUUGUAUCAAAUGCAAGGUAAAAAGUUGUAUAAUGACACAAAGUUUACUAAAACUGUUUAAAAACGGUUUAAAUUCAAGUAGUUUUUGUAAUAUAUGUUUAAGUUUGCAGAGUUCUUUUUUCUUCAAGGCAAGAGUAGUGCCUCUUCAAAACUAUUACGAUAAAAUAAUAUAAAUUUAAAGGUAUAAAUUUGUAAAUUAAUUAUUGUAUUAAAUGUCCAAUAGCGACACCAUCAGACAGUUUUAGGUGGACGCACCGUCUCUAACCCAUGUCAUUUGCAUCAUAUAAAUGUACUGAACAUCUACUACCUGUUAGCUUACUGUUAUUACUUUAUUGAAACAAAUCACUAUAUAAUCUUGAACAGUAAGAAUUAUAUUUUUUAUUUACAUGCACACAUAAUUUGUAUUUACUGACACAGACAUUCAUUUUUCAUAGUUUCAUUUUACUGUUAAUUUGUUAUAAUAU